GCUCUCCCCUCCUUCAUUCUACUUUGUUAUAAUCCAAACAAAAAAAAAAAAGCUUUUUUUUUUCGUAUCUUGUUUAUUAGAGAAUAGACAAAACCCCAAUGAAGCCUGUCACUCUAGAAUUGGGUCUAGCCUCAUUGAGUACUUACCUCGCUGUUUUAUUCUCGGUCUUUAUUUGUUUUCAGUUCCAGAUCAUUCAAGCCGGGUUCGUCCUACCUAACAACAAUGUUUCAGUUCCGGCGCUGUUGGUGUUCGGAGAUUCAUACGUGGACACAGGCAACAAUAACUAUCUUGCCACGGUGGCAAAAUCUAAUUUCCCUCCAUAUGGGGAAGACUUCCCCGGAGGAAAACCGACGGGAAGGUUUAGCAACGGAAGGGUCCUCUCAGACCUUAUAGCUGAGGGUUUAGGAAUCAAGGAGCUGGUGCAGCCCUAUCUUGACCCGAAUCUACAAAUUCAGGACCUUCUUACCGGCGUAAACUUUGGCUCUGCCGGUGCAGGAUUUGAUACUGUCACCCCUAAAGUACUGUCGGUGUUGACAAUGUCGAAUGAGUUGGAGCUAUUCCAUGAAUACAUAGAUAAAUUGAAGGCAGCUGUGGGAGAGGAGAGGACGGCGACCAUCUUAUCUGAGAGCAUAUACAUUGUCUGUGCAGGAACCAACGACGUUUCAGGGUAUUUCCUGACUGAUUUCAGGAAAAAGAACUACGAUGUCCCUGCUUACACGGAUCUCAUUGUCCAAUUAAUUUCUGGUUUCAUCAAUGAACUAUACGAACUUGGGGCAAGAAAAAUUGCUGUGUUGAACACUCCACCAGUAGGAUGUGUGCCAUUCCAGAGAACCCUUGGUGGAGGUAAAAACAGAGAGUGUGCAGAGAAGUUCAACUUUGCAGCAAGGCUGUUGAACUCAAAGCUAUCUUCCCUGCUUAAUUCACUUAAUCACAAGCUCCCAGAGAUAAGGCUGGUUUACAUCGAUUUUUACUCUUCAUUACUGGAUAUCAUCCAAAGGCCUCACAAUUAUGGAUUUGAAGAGGUUAAAAAGGGAUGCUGCGGUACAGGGACUAUAGAACAAGGAAUACUGUGCAAUGAAUUGAACCCUCGUACGUGUACAGAUGUCUCCAAGUAUGUAUUUUGGGACAGUUAUCACUUCACAGAGAGAACCAACAAGGCCCUGUUCACUGCAUUUCGACAGAAUCUCGUAAACAACUUGUUCUAGAGGCGGCGAAUGCUAAUCGUAAUCGGGCUGCUCAUCUCAUGAAGCGGCACAAAGGGGAUUUAAUUGAAUUAGGAGUGUUUUGGUCAGACCCACUCACCCACCCACCAGAUUGGUUCACAGAUUGUUUAACGAAUGUCUCUGGCAAGUAUAAAUGAAAAUUUUAUCAAGCACAUCACAUCUUGUAAGCCAAUCCAACGUUAACCAAAUGUCCAUCAUCAUUAUUUUCUUCUAA